AUGGAGUGAGAGAGGGAGAGAGAGAGAGAGCUCCUGUCUCUCCAACGGCAGACGCACAGCGCUCCUGAUCGCACUCUAGAUGCCUUUACAGCAGACGCACCUCUGUCGGCUGUGAUGAUCGUUCCCCUCCCUCCCUUGUGCAGCGGAAGGCGAGAAGACUCCGAGGUUUGAUGCCAUUGCAGAACACGUGGAGAGCCUCUUUAGGAGUCCCCGCGGCCGUGCGCCUUCCCUUCCUCCCCCCUCCCCGCCCCGCUGCCAUGGAGGAGCGCGCAGGCGGUGGUGCAGCGCUGGGGAAAAUGAGCGAGAGGUGCAGAGGAGGCGAUCAAUGAAGGCGCGGAGAGCUCCUGCGCGUCUUGGCAAGGUCGGAGCCGAGCGUGGAUGAGAUUAUGUCCGAGUGGAGACGGCAAGGAGGGACUUUUCUGCUUCCUCUCCGGGGAUGCCCCCUGAAAAAACACAAAAAACAACAACAAGAGUUUCUCUCUCAGAGGCGACGAAGACCCCUUUCCCUCCGUUUGCGCGAUCAUGCUUGAGUCUGUAUUUGUGACAAUCUCUUGUCGCUCCCACCUGGGAGAUGAAGUUUCCUCGCUUUGGAUGAUUUGUCGGUUUUGUCGCUCGCUGCCGAGGCUACCUAAGGUGAUUUAGAGGCUGCUGCAGCAGCAGCAGCAGCAGCAGCGGGGAAUCCAGCUGUGUUUACUGGACGGUACGCAUCUGCCGCUGUCGCUGUCCAUGGUGCUGAAUCCGGGCUCCAGGGAUGGUGGAGACGCUGAGUAUCGCAGUGAUCGGUGCUCCCGGAGUGGGCAAAACUUCUAUAAUCCGCCAGUUCAUCUAUAACGAUUUCUCGGAGGCGUACACGCCGACCAGGAGCAGAUAUGUGUACAGACCCUCGGUCAUUCUGAACGGGAACAUGUAUGAGUUAAAGGUUUUGGACGUCCCGCCAAUCUCCUCCUUCCCAGCAAGUGCCAGUCAGGAAUGGUUGGAUCUGCGCUGCAGAGGCGUCCGCAACGCCAACGCUUACAUCCUGGUGUACGACAUCUGUUGUGUGGAGAGCUUUGAAUACGUGAAAAUGAUCAGACAGCAGAUAGUGGAGAACAGGGAAGGCAGCAGCAGCGAGGUGCCAAUCCUAGUGGUGGGUAACAAGCGGGAUCUGCAGAGGCAGCGCUUCAUGCCCCGCAGGGCCGUGUCAGUCCUGGUGAAGAAGACGUGGAAGUGUGGCUACGUGGAGUGCUCUGCCAAGUUUAACUGGCAUGUGGUCCUGCUCUUCAAGGAGCUGCUGGGCAUCGCCGUGGCACGGGGCAUGCGCCAGAACCAUACCUCCACCCGUCUGCAGGGGGCGCUACAGAGGAACCGGUGCACAGUCAUGUGACCCCGAGAGCUUCCUCCACCCCUUCUCGUGGCCGUGGUGGAGCAGACCCUGGAGAAAAGGACUCUUUAUCGUAAUGGCUGGAAAAAUACCCCGUGGCCUCCUGCUUAACUGAGCUGAUUUUUCAUGAGGUUUAUUUGACUCUGCGCUGUAACAGACUCUGAAAUUCCACACAUGCUCAUCCAACCACUUCCUAGUCUAAUCCUGUGUAGAAAGGAGGAAGCCGAUAGAAGCAACAGCAACUUGAGAUCCAACAGAGUUAUGUUUUCACACAUCAGCCUGAAGGCUAAACAUUUCAGGCCGGGUCUCCGAAUGUAACACGACUCAUACAUCAGGUCUAUAACCGGGUCGGACAGCAUGAAAGCUGUGUUUGUAAGACUCAAAACCAGAGAGGCAGCAAUAUUAUUGAGUCUUCCUUUUGGAUAUGUCAUAUUCAGGAUGGUGAAAAGGCACAAGUACAGAUAUGACGCAUUAGGAUUUACUUCGAGAUACAAGGCCAAUAAUCCACAAUAGAAGAUGACAAAGAUAAAGACAAAAACAAAGGUGCACGUCACUGAAUAUAAUCAAUAAGCUUAUUAGAUUCAGUGAUUUAAUUCAAGAAUGAAAACCCAUCUAUCACAAAGAUUCAUUACACAAAGAAUGAUAUAUUUCAAGCGUCUAUUUUCUUCAAAUUGGAGGAUUCUGGAUCCCGGUUAAUGGAAACACAAAAUUUAGUUUUUAAGAAAGUUUGAAUAUUGCACAAGAAAAAAAAUGUAAUGCAGAGAUGUCAAUCUAAUGAAAAAUAUGCCCUAUACUAUACAGUAAAGGCAGUCAGUGCGUCUUUUUUCAUAAAUUACAGUAUAAAUGUCAAACGGCAUCGAGGUUACCAACAUGUGGUUCUGCUAAGGUGUUGAGGAAGUCCAUGUUGCUCUAAUAGGGACAUUUCGCUUGUCUGCAUUGUUGGUUCUUGUGUCUCUUAUCGUUUUGUUGACAAUACUCAGAAGUUUCUCUUUGGAGUCUAGGUCAGUCGCAUUUUGAUUAUUUAAGCAGGUAUUGCUAUUUUUAGCAGUGAUACCAAUGCCAAGUCCUGCUGGAAAGUGAAAUUAUCUCCAUCGAGCUUGUCAGAAUAGGACAUUAUGACUUUGGAUUUAAGUAAACACAGUGGACCAACCCCAGCAGAUGACUUGGCUCCCCAAAAUGAUAACUGCCUCUGGGAACUUCACACUGAACUUCAAGCAUCUUGGAUUCUUUGCCUCUCGACUCUUCCUCCAGAAUCUGAAUCCUAAACUUUCAAAUGAAUUUCAAAAUCUGCCUUCAUCUAAACAGAGGACUUUGGAUCAGUGAGCAACAGUCUAGUGCCUUUUCUAGUCAGACUAGACAGGAUGCUUCUGUCAGGAGUGGGCUUAUAUGCUUUUCUUCUUUUGGACACAUGAUAGUCCACGUCUUGAGUACCCACAUAUAUGACUGGAGACUCUUGAAGCAUUAACUUCUACUGCUGUCUACAUCUUGUGAAUCUGUCCUUAACUCUUGAAUGCGCUUCACUUUACAAUCUUCUCAAGGCUGUGUGAAAAAUGUAUCCGUUCUCCACGCUAAGUUCUUGAUGUAUGAGGUUGAAGAAGAGCCAGUGAGUUGAAUUCAUGAAUUCCAUUUAUUAAUACCAAAAUACAGCUGGUCUAUUUUUUCAUGCUACCUUUAGGAGUUAGCAGGACAAAAUGGCAACAAGCAACAGUUGGUCACUUCCUUUGUUAGCCUCUGUCUAAACUUCCCUUAGCUUUGAAGGUGUUUCCUUCAUUUCCUUUAGCUUUAACUUUGCAACUAGUUAAAAGAGAUAAAAGAAAAACACAGAAUUAUUUAUUCUCAACAGCUGAAAGAUAUUUCUUUUGCUUAUGCACCGUUCUCAGUCACCCUUUGUCAUUACACUCAACUUUCCAUUAAAUGCUUGGAUGCAGCCGUUCUACGAACAGCCAACCUUUUCGGCUUACUUUCCAGUUACUGUUUGUUGAACAACGAUCACGACCACACCAAAACAUUUCUGUGUUAGAAAAUUAAUUUUUAUUGCUGUUUAGCUUACUUCAUUUUUUGAGAAGCAAAAGUUUCGAUUUUUAUUUGAUGUAAGCUACAAUCAACCAAAUUAACCAAACUAAAUGCUUGAAAUAUAUGAUACGGAAUGUAGUGAAUCUAUAUAAUGUACAAAUUCCACUGCUUUAAUCGAAUUGCUGCAAUAAAUCAAAUCUUCUAGAAAGGUUUUCUUCAAAUGUACAUAGAUAUGAUUAGGUCUAUUCUAGGUCUGAUGAAUUAGCCUGCAAUAGACAUUCUUUCCCUGACUCUGUUACAGAUUAGGGUUAAGGUUGGGUAUUUUAAGGUUGUCUUGCAGCAGAAAACACUGCAGUCCCGUAUUAUGACAAACUGUGCGGCUUUACACUACUGUCUGCCCUCACUCAGACUCUGUUUCUGCAGAGUAUAUUGAAACUAGGGACGUAGGGACAUGCAGGAGCAUAAAAUAACCUGUGCUAGCAUCGUGGUGUGUAUGUAUGUGUGCUUAAUGUACUGUAAUUGUGGGCCCUGACAGAUGUGUGGGGACCAAAAUUCUGGACCUCAGUGGACGCUGGCAUCCCCAUGAUGGUAGGUGUUAAAGUGUAUGCAAGUAUCUGUGUUUGGAGGAGAGGGCAAGCCAAGGCAAAGGGAGGCGGUUUGAUAACUGACUUUCAGGCAGGUAAAGGACAAACACAGCAAGAUAGGGAAACAGAUGUUGAUGCUUUGGAUUAGAAUGGAGCAAUAAACCCCUGCAGCGAUGCCCUCAACCGACUACACACCAAUAUAUCAUAUUGAAAAUGCCUCUUGCGGUCGCUGUAAUCUCUGUGCAAUGCACUCUUGCAUCUUAUAAAAGUGCAUAAACACAGCUCAGUGGCUCCUACAUGUACCAUCCAGGAUGCAAAUGGAUCAUUACUAAAGCUUUAACAUCACUAUCGGAAUAGCGUCAAAAUGGCAAUGUUGUGAGCAGCUCUUAUUUUCUUUUGACUAGAUAAAGGUAGGUACUUUGAGAACACAUCUGACAAAUUUGUAUAUAAGAAAGGCUCCAGAGGGAUCAUCUUGCAUGCUAUUGUUGGUAAAAUCCAACAGGUCAGGGUUUAAUUGCACUGAUGUGAAAAUGUGAUCUUGUGUUUAAUUAUUUUUUUGUACUACAUGGUUUCCUGACUCCACAGUGAGCAGCUGAGUGUAUGAAUGUUAUCAUUUUUCAAAGGCAUGUGAGAGCACAAGCUCAUGAUUUCCUCCAAAUGUAGUGCUAAUCCUUCAGUGGGGCCAGAUGGUUGCAUUUUUUGUAGUAGUACAAAAAAAAA